AGCGUAUUUUAUAACAAUGUUGGAGACACUGUGAAAUAGCAUUAUUUAUUUGUAGGUCAAAGAGCAGAUGAAUUCUCUGGAUGGCCUCGAUGACUUACCUCGGUCACCGGGGACAGCUUCCGAGGAUUGCGAGUCGCUUUCCCCUAAUUAUAAGAACACCCUGAGGCUAAUCGAGCGACUUAGCCCGGAGAGUAAAGAUUCUGAUAAGUUAUUGAAAAUUCAGGAUCCAGUUGAUUCAUUCCGAUCAAUAGAACUUAAAGAAUCUGACUGCACACAACUUAGAGGAGAACUUAAAGAAAUGGAAAAGAAGGUGAACUGGCUACACACAGAGCUGCUGAAAACAAGAGAAGCAAAAUCACAGUUAAAACUUCAAAAUAUGGAGUGGGAACGAGAGCUCCGCCACAUGAGAUUCACAUUAGAACAAGAAACAAAGAAGAAGAAAAAUGCUUAUACAUUAUAUGAAAAACCUGAGGAUGAUUUAAAAAGAAAAGAGAAACAAGACAGUGAGCAAGUUUUCCUGAAGCAACAGAUUGAAAGCACUGCCCGAGCACUAGAAUGCAAACCGAAGGGCGUAAGGAGUAAACCAAAUCAGGUUUUAGAAGAGCGAAAUGACGCUGAGAGACAACGUUCUCGAGUGCAGAAUGCCAGAGUAAUACAAGAUGACAUCCUGGCCCAUCAUCUUUCCCAACAAAAGGAGGCAGAAAAGGCUAAUAAGGAAAUGAAUGCUGAGGACACGAUGGAUUUUAAGCUGUCUGACCCAAAAGAUAGCAGCGAGGUGCUUCCUCAGCAACUUCCUGAAGCUGAACGUCAAUUCCGUGGCCCAGAAAUUGAGCUCCAUCCCAGGAAAGAUGCUCUUAGACCAACGACGUUGUUAUUAGAAUGCGUGCAUAGAGACCGAGGCCAAGCCCAGCGUUCAAACAAAGAAACUGAACCCUUGUCUCAGAGCAAACAAGGGGAAUUCAGCAAAUACACUGGAAAGCAGGCGUUCUUGAAGGAGACAAUAUGUAAACUACAAAGUGAAAACACGUUGCUUCGACAGCUACUGGAAGUUGCUCAAAAUGAAGGCAGAAGCGAAAAGACAAUACUUAAUGCCCCACAGCUGUUUCUGGAUCACAUGGGAAAACUUGAAGCCAUGAGCAGACGAGUCCUGAUGCUGGAGGAAGGAAACAAGGAGUUAAUCGAUGAAUGCAGAUGUUUAAAGCACAGACUGUGUCAGUAUGAAACAGACAGAGCAGAAAUGGAAGCCCAUAUGAGACAGCUUCAACAAGAACUGACUGACACCCGAAAGAAAGUGUCGAUGUUGGAAGCGUCCCUGGAGGUGACAGCACAUCAUAAGUCUAAUUCAGAAAACAAGAGACGGGAUGGAGAGAGGAAGUCACAUCAAACUGCGAAUCCAAAUGCUGAUCUUCCAGCAAAAGAGGAGUCUACAUCUUCAGUAGUUCUCCAUCUGAGUGCAGAAACUCAGCUUCUUCUAAAGGAGUUGUUACCUGUGAAAGAGAUGCAAAGGAAAUGUGAAGCACUAGAGGAGGAGAAGAAGAAGUUGGAGGAAGAAGCAGUAAAUCUGAGACGUCACCUCGAAAUGAACCCAGUGGAACGCAGCCAAGUGGAGCAUUACAAACGGGAGCCUGGAGAGCAAGCAAGACGGGAUGCAGUAGAAGCACUGAAAGAGCUCAGGCGGGCUGUGCAGCACGGACAGGAAACUGAAGAACAAGCAAGACAUGAUGUAGUAGAGAAACUAAAAGAAAUCAGCCAGUUUUUACAGGCACAAGCAGGAUUUCAAGAAAACGUGUUGACAGAGUAUAAGCGUGCUUCAGUUAGUCAAACGGAACCCAGAGUUAAAGAUCUGGAGCCUGAACUUAAAAGUGAUGGUAAUGAAAACAAAUUGGAAAAAUACAAACAACUAUACCUGCAAGAGCUAGAAAAUAGAAAGUCUUUGGCAAGUGAACUUACCUCGGUUAAUGAGAGGCUGGCCGAGGUGAGCACUAAGCUUCUGCUGGAGAGACAGCACAAGAGCUCUUUCCCUGGCUUUGUUCCUGCAAGGCCUGUUGGCGCACCUCCUUCUGCUGCUGGUACUAGGGUGGAGGCCAAAAGGAGUCCUACUCGAAGAAGGCGCUUCAGGACUUUUUCCGACCCUUCAACUAACUUGAGCGUUCCCUUGUUCCGGAUGCGGAAGUAGUUGGAGAAUAAUACAGAUAAAGAAUUAAAAGAAGCUACUACUGAACUUGGAUCUAAGUCCUAGAGACUCUCUCACAGCCUUGAUGGACGAAUCAAGUCUAAGUCCAGAUCUGGUUUCGAAAGCACGUGAAGAAUAUGUGGAGAUUUUGAAGAAUAAUUAUAUGAUGUGCAAGAUAAAUAGUAAACAUUUACCUGCUGGGCUGUUUGCUUAACAUUUUAUUUCCUUUCCAUUAUGUAAGAUACUGACCCUGUUUAUUAAGGGAAAAUACUCUUGCAUUCUAUGGGCAUGAUUAAAAUUGAUGUAGUAUUUUAAA